AUGAAAAUCUCAGAGGAUGCUGAUCAUAUAUUCAUCCCUCCUCGACCUCCCUUGAUCGAUUUUAGUCCAAUGAACAACCAGAAGAAAGGACAGAAGAUACCAAUCAAACUGGAUCCAGAGGGAACUCAGGUGGAGAGGAGACGAAAGGUUGAUUCAACAACUCCAUCUCUAUUUGCACACAGUGCUGCUGAAUUCGACGAGUGCGGUAAAUGCGAGAAAGCUCGACUGGCGGGAUUGGAUGCUUGGAUGGAUCACUUGGGAUUCUGCCAUACAUUCCCAACUCGUUGGCCGAGUUCUAGAAUUGAUGAUGGACUGCUAGAUAAAAAUCAUCCCUACACUUCUGUUGUGGAUUCACAUAAGAAGAGGAAACGAGCCGUAAUACCACGCCCACUCAACAGCUUUAUGAUAUUUGCGCAGUACAUCCGACGUUUAACUUUGUUGAGUUUCCCCGAUGCCCCAAAUGUGCAUAUCAGUCAGCAGGUCGGUAAACUUUGGCGAAAUCUUUCCACUGAUUUUCGGGAAAUCUACGCCACGGAAUCGAGACGUUUGCAGGAUCUUCAUUCUCUUGAAUUCCCUGACUACAAGUAUCAACCUCGUCGGCGUCAACGAAGUGAGGAGUACGAGUCGUUACCUUACCAGGCCCCUCCCUGUCCUCCUCGUCCCCUCAACAGCCACCACUAUUUUGAGAAAUACUCAGAUAAUUCUAAAUCGAAAAUUCCACCAAAUAAUCCCAUCUCGCAUCUGCCAGCACCCAAGAAGUUCAACCAGCCACGUGUAUCGUCAGUUUGUGCCGAUUGUUUCUUUAACUCCCCAUCAAUUAGCACCAACCGUCCAAAUACGGAUGCUCAAACUUUACUUCAAGGAGUAGAUCGACACAGAACUAGCCAUCAAUAUCAAAAUGAUUCACUCUUUUAUCAGGGUCAUUUCAGUUAUGAUAGCACUACUACUAAUCAUUUGAGUUGGGCAGAUGGCAAGGAAAUGUUGGAAUCGAAGGAUCCUCCUAGACUUAUUCCAGUACCAGGGAUUGCCUCGUCGGAUGAAAUGCUCUCUCCGUCAAGCGAUAAUUGGUAUCAAUAUCAAAGAGAGGAUACAUUUGGUGAACUCCCUCCUCUCCCAGGAAUCGAAACGUGGACUUUCAGUGGACCGACCAUCUAG